AUGUCCUCCAUCCACAAUGAGGGCGCUGAUUUUUGGGGAGUGUUGAUUAACGCCGACAAGAGCCCCACCCCGUUACUCGAACAACUGUGCCUGGGGAUUGCGCAGGUAAUGGUAAGUGGAAAAAGAGAGUUCCUCGCGUUCGCGGAAGGUGGCACAAUGCCUCAAAUGCUGAACUCUGUCCAGACCUCCUUCGACGAGUUCGCGACAACGGACCUGACUCCCGAUCGACUGGCAGCGUUUUACCGAAAGGUUGGCGGCAAUUACGACGUCCUAUUCCUAGAAACGAGACCGUCCGCUCUUUCGUUCAUAUACCAGCGCCUAGGAUGCUUCCACAGCAUUCAGCCUACCAAUGAUCCCUACAAACCACCCUCGAUCCCCGCUCUACAGCCCAAUGGCUUUGUCCGAUGGCAAACAAUUCAGCUUCUUCUCGACCCCGAUGAGCACUCGAGGUGGUUACAGAAUGCGGUCGAUCUAUGGGACAUUGAGACUCCCAAUGGUGGAAUUUUCCCCAAGAUGAUCCCUAGAGGAGCUUUCCCAGCGGAUCCCGAUCCGGAGAUGAUACAGUGGCAUGAAGAGGUCAGCCGACGGUUUGAGCUUGACUACUGGAAGAAGAAUAUCCUGCGUUCCUCCCCUCCAAAUUUCGCUCCUUACUAUUCAUACUUCAGCCAGAAGGAUGUACCGACCCAUAAAGAAGAUGAACCAUCUCGGAGUCAGCGUCGAACUGCUCCUCACCGUCAAGAGCCUACUUCCACAAGUGAGCGUCGAAACCCCCAUAAACACCGUCAUCGACGAAGCGACGAAAAACCCCCUGCCACUACUCGCAGGGUACAAUCUACAUACUUUCCGCAACAAUCUGAAACCUUCAACACCGGGUAUUCAUCUCGACCAUCAUCUCCACCGAUGUGGGCGAAAGACUCCACCAAGUCGCGGACGCGCGAGCGCCAACAGGCUUACGGGCGAUCUGUGAGUCCAGGAACAGUACCAGGGUAUGGAGGAUCAGAUGCAUCUUCCGAAGAUUCGGGAGCAGCAGUACCAGAGCCCCCGAGGUCAGAUCGAUACAGCUACCAUCGCAAUCUAUCACCGCCGCGAGUGUCCCAUACGCGUCGCCACUCGCACGAUGCAUACGCCCGCCGACCUCGAAAGGAUUUAUCUCCCGAUCCCCAUAAAUACCCCGCACACCCCGAUACAUAUCACUCCAAUCCAGGAAGAUUAUACGACUCUGAUGGGGCGCGAAAAAUACGUACCUCCAAAGCAUACAACGAUGAACCGCUCCAGCACAGAGUAUCAGGCGUUGGAUUCCGCGAGCGCGUCGUCAGCGACCCGCCGCCCACUUUCCCACCUGGCCGCGAAGUGCCCGUAUUUACCCGCAUGCAUUCUCGCUACGUCGGUGCUGGCGAUACCUACAUCGUCCAUCCCCAUCCAGAUCUCGAGCCAAUGAGCGACCGACGUAAUAGCUACCACCGACCCACUAAUGCCAACUCGAACGGAAAUAGUACCUGUACGCCCGAGCGCGCGCGCUAUAUCGAUCCCCGGAACCCUAGGUGGGCGGCACCUGUCCAGAGUCCUUCCAAGAGAGGCGUGCCCGUUCAACCGGCAGACGUCGAAUAUCCCCGAGGCAGGAGAACAGCCAUGUAUGAUCGCUAA